AAGUUAGGGGUGACAAUUGGAAUAAGAAAAGUAUUUUAUUUGAACUUCCAUACUGGAAGACAAAUCUCUUACGACACAAUUUAGACGUGAUGCACAUUGAGAGGAACAUAUGUGAUAGUGUUCUUGGGAAAAUAAUGAAUAUUCAAGGGAAGACAAAAGACACUUUAAAAUCACGUCAUGACUUGAAAGAUUUGGGGUUGCGGCCUACAUUGCACCCUAUCAAAGUAGGGGACAAAUGGAAGAUGCCUCCAGCUCCAUAUACUUUUUCCUCCUCCGAAAAACAAACAUUCUGUAACUUUUUGAAAGAGCUAAAAGUCCCAGAUGGUUUUUCAUCAAAUAUAUCUUAUUGUGUAAACUCGAAGGAAGCUAAGAUUUCGGGUUUGAAGAGCCACGAUUGUCAUGUAAUACUUGAGCAUCUUCUUCCUUUAGCAAUACAUGGUCUUCUCACUCCACAUAUACGUGAAGCAUUAAUUGAGUUGUCAUUGUUCUUUACUUUAUUAUGUGCGAAAGUACUUAAUGUGGAUGAUUUGAAGCAACUAUAGUCCCAAAUUCCUAUAACUCUCUGCAAAUUGGAGAAGGUUUUUCCUCCUUCCUUCUUUGAUGUGAUGAUGCAUUUACCUAUCCACUUAGCUAACGAAGCUUAAUGGGAGGGCCAGUUCAGUUCAGAUGGAUGUAUCCAAUAGAACAAUACAUGUAUAAGCUGAAGUCUUACAUAAGGAAUAGGGCUCAUCCGGAGGCUUCGAUUGCGGAGGGCUAUGUAGCAGAAGAGUGCAUGAAUCGUUGAUCUAGGUAUAUGCAGAGUAUAGAGACCCGAUUUAAUCGACUUGAUUAAAAUUAUGAAAAUAGCCAAGGUCAUGAUGAUACCCUGCCUAUUUUUAGUCAUUCUGGUCGAAGCCUAGGGGCUGCAAGUGUUAGAGAUCUUGAGAAGGGGGAAUUGGAUGACACUCACAUUUAUAUUUUGAAGAAUUGUGAUGAGGUUCAGCCUUUUCUUAGAGAGUAUUCUGAAAUACAAGCAUUGACGAAUCCUGGAAUCUCUGAAGAGGAAUGGUGCAAAAACUUUAAAAGUUGGUUCAAGAUGGAAACUUGCACUUUCUGAUAUUCUUCCUGUUCGUGCACAUAAUACAGAAUGUUAGCGGGAAAAUGGUUCGUUCAAAGGAGGAAGUAGUCCGUCUACAUGAGAAAACGGUUCAGCCAUCACAUAAAACCUCUUUGCUGGGAUCUAAAAGGAACUAUGUCCCACCGCAAUUGUUGGCUAGGGGACGUGGACAAAGGUUAGCGGAUAUGUAUACUUUCAAAAAACAAGCUACAACCGGUUCUUUAAUCGGAAUUGGAGUUGGGGCUAAAACAUCCGCUGGAGUAGGCAGUGAGGUAUUAAAGCCCAUUCAAGGUCAAAAGAAUAAUUCCAAAGGGCUUCUUACUGGGGAUGAUUUUGAUGUUAACGUUGAUGGAGCUUCCUUCGAUCCAUUAUUUACUUACCCUUCUGCCACAAGGAAUAACAUAGAAGGCUGGGAGUUAUCACCUGAGCCAGUUCAUGAGGAAAACAUGGAUGAUGAGCUCUCAUCAGAAGAUGAGGAUAUGCACAUUCAAAAUGGAAACGAGAAUUUUGAUAACCAUGAUAACGAGGCUUGUGAAGACAUACUUGAAAAUGUUCAUGUCGAUGAGAUAGAGAUAUCUCAAACAAUUCAAGAUGUGAACGUUGAAGGUGGGGGCUCUUCUUUCGCUGAGAAGAACGUGAAUCAGAAAAAGAAGGGAAGAAACAAAUGCAAGGAAAUUGCCAAGCUUAAACCCGAUGAGAAGUUGGAGAUUACUUUCUACAACAAUAGAGUUGUUGUUACAAAUCAUAAAGUAUUUGUACGACAUUUGGGGAUCAUAGUGCGAGAUACGAAUAUCUGCCCGGUGAAAGUGCGCAAAUGGGAUGAUAUUGGAGAUAAAGAAAAGGAACACAUGUGGAGUGCCGUCACGGAUGCCUUCACUAAUGAAAGCAUGGACAUUUACACGCAACAUGUCCUUGGCCAUAUGAGAGAGUUAUGGACAAACUGGAGGUCAGACUUGUUAAGGAAUAAUGUCACUAAAAAGGGAAUCACCUUAGAAGCUGCAUACAAAGGUGAGCCACCUAGUGGACUUGACGGUAAGGAUUGGAAGUGGCUUAUAAAGGAGGUUUAUUCUGACGAAAAGUUUAAGGAAAAGAGUGCAAGGAACUCUGAAAAUAGGCGCAGUUAGGCAAAAGAGCUAAUGCAUCGAACAGGGAGCAAGCCUACUAGACAAGGCAUUUGGGAUGAAUUGGGAGCGAAUAAGGGCAAAAAACCAACUUUGGUAGAUGUAUUCCACGCAACUCGCAAGAAAGGCACUAACCUCCCAAAUGCAGAAACGACACAAAAAUACGAGGAAAUUCAGUAAAUAAUGGAAGAAGAACCAACACUUUCCCAUGUACAGGUAGCACAAAAGGUGUUUAAGUCGAAGUCUCGUGAUCGGGUUUUGGGUUUUGGAGGAGGAAUAACACUUAAAGAAUUAUCAGGACCACAACCUAGUAGGGCGGAACUUCAAUCUAAGUUGAAUGAGGCAAAAAAACAAAAUUAUGUUCUUACCAAUCGUGUGGAUACGGUACAGGAAGAAAACAAUGCACUUAAGAGUCGCAUGAGUUUAGUUGAAGAAGAGCUUAAUGCAUUUAAAGAAGUACUCUUACAACGCUUUUCAAAAGAUGGCACUCCAAGACAGAAUGCUUCAACUAGUUAAAUUUUUAUUUUGUUCUUUUAGAUUGAACAAGAAUUACUUAUCUUUAUUGGAAUUUAAAGACAAGGGAUGUGAUUUUUGAUUUAACAUAACUUGAAAUUCUAUUGUCAAAAAUAUUUUGAGUAAUGAAAUUUUAAUUUUUUUAA